AUGCUUGCUCGCAAGCUCCCCCGCACUACCCAACUACCGUCCCUCCUCCGCUCCUUCACCACGACUUCCUGCCAACUCGAUGGCAUCAGAGCACCCGCUCUAGGAGACAUCCAGCCCGGUGGUGCCGAGACCUACAACGCCAAACAGAAACAGUUCCGAGAGGGCUUGGAAGCUGCUCGCAAGGCGAAAGAACAAGCUGACCGUCAGUCUCUCGAUCCCGCCCAUGGCACCCCUGCAUCUGCUUCUGCUGCUGCUGAAUCGCGUGAUCCUCGCUCCCCUUCUGAUAUUCCUGUCGACGAUCCCAAGCUGGGCCUGGGCUCACUAUCAACCGCAACAGGCGAAGCACGGCAAGCCGAAACCGAGGCUACCACCUCCCACCGCAAGGGCACACUCUCUAAUCUAAUCUAUGGCACUCCCGAAGGUAGACAGCUGGACAAGGACAUGGAGCGCUCGUUCAGUGAGGUCUUGGCUCGCGGCAAGUACGUGCACAGUAUUGUCUUCCACCAGGUCAAGCCCAAAAAGGUGGACGAAUAUGUAGAACUGGUCGGCAAAUGGUACCCCAAGAUGGCUCAGAUGCCCGAGAACCGCGUUAAUCUCGUGGGGAGCUGGCGGACAGAGGUGGGGGAUGCUGACACUUUCGUUCACAUUUGGGAAUACCAACGCUACACCGGUUACCACGCCUCGUUGCACAGCAUUCAGCAUCAUCCCGAGUUCCCCGAAUUCGAUCACCACCUCAAGAAGCUUAUUGAAAGCAAGAACGUCUCCCUAAUGCAAGAAUUCUCGUUCUGGCCAACUACGCCCCCACGUCAACUUGGCGGCGUCUUUGAGUUGCGCUCCUAUACAUUACAUCCUGGUAAUCUGCUCGAGUGGGAGACGCAUUGGCGCAAGGGUCUCAAAGCACGACGACAAGUGAUGGAGGGUGUGGGUGCUUGGUUCGUACAGAUCGGCGACCUCAAUACCGUGCAUCACCUGUGGCAAUUUGCCGAUCUGGAGGAGCGAAAAUUGAAGCGUGAGCAGAGUUGGGGUGUUGAAGGAUGGGCGGACACGGUCCACAAGACCGUUCCUCUGAUUCAGUCCAUGAAGUCACGCGUAUUGGUGCCAAUGCCUUGGAGCCCCGUGGGCUGA